AUGCCAGACGUUGGGGAAGAACCUCCUGCUACUAAUAAUAUAUCUCCUGUCGUAACAAGACAAAAGCUAGAAGAAGUGGAGGCAGAACUUAAGGAAUUGUUGGUUAGAAAAAAACAAACUGAUAAAAACCUGAGAACCAUCGAGACUAAUAUUUGGAACUUUGAAGGUUCUUACUUGGAAGAGACCCAUUCUGGCGGAAACCUUAUCCGUGGAUUUGAUUCAUAUUUGAGACCUUCGACCGAGAAAAAGAAACGUGCGGAAAUUAGUCCUGAAGAACGAUUGUUUUCAAGAUCGAGUGUAACUUCGGAAAGGGCCGUCAAUAUAAAUGAUGAAUCGUCAUCGAGUUCAGAUGAUUACAUUAACAUUAAGAAUGGAUAUAAACAAAUGAGUAACAACAGAAAGAAGAAAAAACAAAGGCAUAGUUUUACUUUUACUCAAGAGGUUAAACGAAUCAAAUUCACUUAUCGUGAAGGUAAAGAAACGGAGGAAGAAUUGGAUAUUUGA